UGGAAUAGGAAUAAUCUAUCCUUAUGGAGGGUUGUGGUUAGGUACAGAACAAUUGAGGGCACAGAGAGAGAGAGGAUGGGGGGUUCUACAUCGGACGAUUUUUCAGUGCUGGUAUUGGCUUCAGAUCUAGGCAUAGACGCUCGACCCUUCUUGUCCUCCAUUGAUGGACAAAGAGAAGCUCCUCCUCAAGAAAACUGGCACGACUGUCCCUCCGAUUUCCUCUCCUCCGACGAUGACUUCUCCGAUCUCGACGCCUUGCAUUUCUUUCGCCUCGAACGUGGCUCCGACAAGUCCGGCAAUCGCAUCUUCCGCAUCGUCGGAAAAUACUUCCCUGCUCCUGUUAUAAGUGGGGAACGGCUGAAAAAGUAUGUUUUUCACAAAAUAUAUACGGAGAUGCCAGAAGGACCGUUCUGCAUCAUUUACAUGCACAGUACAGUGCAGAAGGAGGACAACAAUCCUGGCAUAACGAUCUUGAGGUGGAUCUAUGAAGAACUUCCCCCUGCUUGUAAGGAUAGGCUACAAGUUGUGUACUUCAUUCAUCCAGGACUCCGCUCGAGACUGGUCUUUGCCACACUUGGUCGUUUCUUUUUAAGUGGAGGCUUAUAUUGGAAAAUCAAGUAUGUUAACCGCCUGCAGUACCUUUGGGAAGAUACAAAGAAAGGAGAGGUUGAGAUCCCAGAGUUUGUGCAGAAUCAUGAUGAUAUUCUCGAGAAUAGACCACUGACUGAUUAUGGAAUUGAACCGGAUCCUCUCCACUUAAGUGGGAUUCCUUCCACAGCCUACUCAUUUGGGAGGUAUGAAGAGAGGUGGAUAUCCAGAGAGUGCAUGUCUUAGUGUGAUGUAUUGCUAGUGUUGUGAGCGGCAUGUGGAAACUUUGAAUCUUUAUGUGAGAUAAUUUUGAGUGCUAUGUUGCUUACGCCGGUUGUUCUAUCUGUUCAGGAUGGUUCCCUUUUUGUGUUAGUUUUAAGCUUUAGAUGGUCUCUAUCCUUGUUGUGUUGGCCUGGGCUGUGAUGUGCCCAUUUAUGUUGUAUUUGUUUUCCAAUUUUAUAUAUUUUCAAUUAAGAAAAAGAUACAAAUUUUGUACUCUGAUAUAGUUUGUAGACCCGUCUGCUGAUUUGCAUCUA